AUUUGUCCCGACUCUCGCGGGGUUUAGCGUGGCACGGGGAGGCCGGCCCGGGGGAGGGGGUGGUGGUCCGUUAGUGGCGUUGGGUUCCGGCCGCUGCGGUGGCAGCGCUUUCCCCUCCGCUCACGGAGAGCUGCUCAGGCUGGAGGCCAACCAGCUCUUGCCGCCGCCUCGGUCGCGAUGGGGGCGCAGGACCGGCCGCAGUGCCACUUCGACAUCGAGAUCAACCGGGAGCCGGUUGGUCGCAUUAUGUUUCAGCUCUUCUCAGACAUAUGUCCAAAAACAUGCAAAAACUUCCUUUGCCUAUGCUCAGGAGAGAAAGGCCUUGGAAAAACAACUGGGAAGAAGUUAUGUUACAAAGGUUCUACAUUCCAUCGUGUGGUUAAAAACUUCAUGAUUCAGGGUGGGGACUUCAGCGAAGGUAAUGGAAAAGGUGGAGAAUCAAUUUAUGGUGGAUAUUUUAAAGAUGAAAACUUUAUUCUCAAACAUGACAGAGCGUUCCUUUUGUCAAUGGCAAAUCGAGGGAAACAUACCAAUGGUUCCCAGUUUUUCAUUACCACAAAACCUGCUCCACACCUGGAUGGGGUUCAUGUCGUCUUUGGAUUAGUUAUUUCUGGUUUUGAAGUAAUUGAACAGAUUGAAAAUCUGAAAACAGAUGCUGCAAGCAGACCUUAUGCAGAUGUGCGAGUUAUUGAUUGUGGGGUGCUUGCCACAAAAUCAACAAAAGAUGUUUUUGAGAAAAAAAGGAAGAAACCAACUCAUUCAGAAGAUUCGGAUUCCUCUUCCAAUUCCUCUUCAUCUUCAGAAUCUUCUUCAGAAAGUGAAAUUGAACAUGAGAGAAGCAGAAGAAGGAAACAUAAGAGGCGGCCAAAAGUUAAACAUUCUAAAAAGAGACGAAAGGAAGCAAGCAGUUCAGAAGAACCAAGGACUAAACACAUUAUGAGCCCAAAAGGUCACUCUGAGAGGAGUUAUACCAAUGAAAAAAGGUCAGUUGAUUCAAAUGCUAAAAGGGAGAAGCCUGUGGUCCGCCCAGAGGAGAUUCCUCCAGUUCCUGAGAACCGAUUUUUACUGAGAAGAGACAUGCCUCUUGUCACGGUGGAACCUGAACCGAAGAUUCCUGAUGUUACACCCAUUGUAAGUGAUCAGAAACCAUCUGUAUCAAAAUCUGGACGGAAGAUUAAAGGAAGGGGCACAAUUCGCUAUCACACUCCUCCAAGGUCAAGAUCAUGUUCUGAAUCAGACGAUGAUGAUAGCAGUGAAACUCCUCCUCACUGGAAAGAAGAAAUGCAGAGAUUAAGAGCAUACAGACCACCUAGUGGAGAAAAAUGGAGUAAAGGAGAUAAAUUAAGUGACCCCUGUUCAAGCCGAUGGGAUGAGAGAAGCUUGUCGCAGAGAUCCAGAUCAUGGUCCUAUAAUGGAUAUUAUUCAGACCUUAGUACAGCAAGACACUCUGACAGUCACCAUAAAAAACGCAGGAAAGAGAAAAAGGUUAAACAUAAAAAGAAAGCUAAAAAGCAGAAACAUUGCAGAAGACACAAGCAGACUAAGAAGAGAAGGAUUAUUGUACCGUCAGACAUAGAAUCCUCAAAAUCUUCCACCCGACGAAUGAAAUCCUCUUGUGAUAGAGAAAGGAGAUCUCGUUCUUCCUCAUUAUCAUCUCAUCACUCAUCAAAAAGGGACUGGUCUAAAUCUGAUAAAGAUGACCAGAGCUCUUCAACCCAUUCCAGCAGAGACUCCUACAGAUCUAAAUCUCACUCACAGUCUUAUUCUAGAGGAAGCUCAAGAUCAAGGACUCCGUCAAAAUCCUCAUCACAUUCUCGAAGUAGAUCAAAGUCCAGAUCUACUUCCAAGUCAGGGCACCAAAGGACAGCAUCAAAAUCACCAAGACGAACAACCUCUCAGAUAAGUGAAAAUAAACCAGUUAAAACGGAACCUUUACGAGCAACAGUGCCACAAAACGAAAACAUUGUAGUACAACCAGUGGUGGCGGAAAAUAUUCCUGUGAUACCAUUGAGUGACAGUCCCCCUCCUUCAAGGUGGAAGCCUGGACAGAAGCCCUGGAAGCCCUCUUAUGAGCGAAUUCAGGAAAUGAAAGCUAAAACAACCCAUUUGCUGCCCCUCCAGAGCACUUACAGUUUAGCAAAUAUCAAAGAGACUGGAAGUUCAUCAUCCUACCAUAAAAGAGAAAAAAAUUCAGAAAGUGAUCGGAGUGCUUAUUCAAAAUACAGUGAUAGAAGUUCGGAAAGCUCACCAAGGUCAAGGAGCAGAUCUUCUAGGAGUAGAUCAUAUUCCAGAUCAUACACAAGGUCACGAAGUCUAGCUAGUUCACGUUCAAGAUCUAGGUCUGCCUCAUCUAGAUCUCAUUCACGAAAUAAAUACAGUGAUCGUUCACAGUGUAGUAGAUCUUCGUCAUACUCUUCUGUUAGCAGUGAUGAUGGAAGACGAGCCAAGAGAAAAUUCAGAUCCAGUGGGAAAAAAAAGAACACUUCAAAUAAGAGCCACAGCAGCAGCUCUGAGAAGAGACUUCGCAAUAAAUAUGUGAAAAGCAGGGACAAGUGUUCGAGUCAGAGAAAGUACAGCGAAAGCCGGUCGUCUUUAGAUUAUUCUUCAGACAGUGAACGGUCAAGUGUUCAGGUUACACAGUCAGCUCAGGAAAAAGAGAGGCGGGUCCAAAUGGAAAUGCACAGUAAGCAAGAGAAAAACAGAGAUAAAGAGAAAUCCAAGCCUGAACAGGAAUGCCCUCGUUCAAAGAAAAGGGCCUCGAAGGACAAUCUUUCUGAUCACCUGAGAAAUGGCAGUAAGCCCAAAAGGAAGAAUUACGCUGGGAGUAAAUGGGACUCUGAGUCAAACUCUGAACGAGAUGUAACUAAAAACAGUCAGAGUAUUUCCCGGCAAUCUUCUGAUAAGGAGGAAGGUGAAGCUACAUCAGAUUCUGAGUCAGAUUUUGGUGAAAUACACAGCAAAGCCAAACCCCCAAAGAAAUCUUCAGCAGGUACUUCACUGCCUGAUGGUAAUGGUGCUUGGAAAUCAAGUAAGCAGCGGUCUUCAACCUCUGAUUCCGAUGGGUCUUAUUCCAAUUCAGAAAACACUAGAAGAAAGGCACGGAAGCAUAAACACGGGUCAAAAGAAAAUCUUAAAAGGGAACAGACCAAAAAAGCAAAAGAGAAAUUAAAAGGGAAAAAAGACAAAAAGCACAAGGCUCCAAAACGAAAACAGGCGUUUCACUGGCAGCCUCCACUAGAAUUUGGUGAGGAGGAGGAGGAGGAGAUGAGUGAAAAACAAGUUACUCAGGAGCCAAAAGAGAAAAAACAAGGUUCUGAAAAUAGUGAAACCGUGAAAGAAAAUACUCCACACCCUGAGAAGUCCUGUGAAGAGGGCAUCCUCUCAGGUAAACGUAAUCCAGUCAUGACUUCGUCAGAUACCGAUCAGCCUCCUAAAGAGGAUGGUAAACUCGGCACUUCUCCCACGGCUUUCAGUCCUGAGGAGCUUGCUGCUUCUCCCUCCAGCAUUCAGCAUGUUGCAGAAGGUGUCCCGGGCGGACUGGAGGAUAUCCUGCAGACAGAUGACAACAUGGACAUCUGCACUCCUGACAGGAGCUCCCCGGCCAAGGAGGCAUCCCCUCAGGGACCUUCAAGGCUGGCUGCCCCAGACGUAAACAUUGUUCUAAAACAGGAUGUGCACACGGAGCCGCCUGAGACAGAGGAGGUAAAACAGGAAAGCAGCACGUCGGAAAGCAAAAUGAUGGGGGACGUGGGGAAACGGGACAGCAGCCCUGCUAGCCUGGCGUGCACUGUCGAAAGCACUGUGAAGAGAGAGGGGGCUGAGAAGAGCCAGCUUGGUGUCCUGGAUAACAAGUGGAAGCCCCUGCAAGGGGUGGGGAACCUGCCGGCACCGGUGACCCCCACAUCUAGCGCCGUGGAGGUGAAGGCGCUGACUGCGGCCCCCGAGAUGAAGCCACAAGGUUUGAGGAUAGAAAUUAAAAGCAAAAAUAAAGUUCGGCCUGGGUCUCUCUUUGAUGAGGUAAGAAAGACGGCACGCUUAAACCGGCGGCCAAGGAAUCAGGAGAGUUCAAGUGAGGAGCAGACACCUAGUCGGGAUGGGGAUAGCCAGUCCAGGAGUCCGAGCAGAUCUCGAAGUAAGUCGGAAACCAAAUCAAGACACAGAACAAGGUCUGUCUCCUAUAGUCACUCAAGAAGUCGAUCGCGAAGUUCCACGUCAUCCUAUCGAUCAAGAAGCUAUUCCAGAAGUCGCAGCAGAGGAUGGUACAGCAGAGGCCGCACAAGAAGCCGGAGCAGUUCCUACCGCAGUUACAAAAGUCACAGGACAUCCAGCAGGAGCAGAUCCAGGAGCAGCUCGUACGACCCCCACAGCCGGUCCAGGUCCUACACUUACGAUAGCUACUAUAGCAGGAGUCGGAGUCGGAGCCGGAGCCAGAGGAGUGACAGUUACCACCGAGGCAGAAGUUACAACAGGCGAUCCAGGAGUUGUAGAUCUUAUGGUUCUGACAGUGAAAGUGACCGAAGUUACUCUCAUCACCGGAGCCCCAGUGAAAGCAGCACAUAUAGUUGAAAAUGUCCCCUUUUUUGAUACAAAUUAUAUCUUGUUUGUAAAUAUCUGGUAACUUAAAAGUUUAAGAAACUUAAUGGCAGUCUGUUGUUCUAUUUCAAUAUUAGAGAUAAGUUUCAAAAAUAGGCACUUCUUAAUUGUUAUUGUCCAUUUACAUGUGCACAGAAUUUAAAAUACAGAUAUGUCUCCUAAAAAUAUUUUUAUGCCACAUUUUACAGUAGCCAACUAUAGAAAUGAAUUUCAUUUUCUUGAAUCAAGAAGUCAUGAAAUUUAAGGAUAAUUUGCAAUAUUAUUUUAGAUUGUUUCUUUCCAUCUCACGUAUUCCUUAGAAUACAGAUUCUUUUUGCCCGUUUUUCAGGUUUUAGCCUAUAUGCUGCCAAGCACAGAACUGUGAAGAACUGUUAAAGGUGGCCAAAUAUUUAUAUACCAAUUACACCGUGUUAUACAUAUGUGCUCUUAAAAA